CCCAUCCGCAUCUGCCGGACCUUCAUGUCCUCUCUAAUAAACCUAGCUAGCAUUCCAUUCCGAAACCCUAUUUCUCUCCACAUGUUCUCUUCUCUUCAACCCUGAUGAAUCUCCCUAGCAAUGGCCAUCACCAAAUCUAGUUUUUUACUUCUCUGCACCUUCAUUCUUUGCCUCUCUUUCUUGCUUUUAUUCUUCGGACGGUGCAACUUAUUCCAUGAUGGUAUUAGUAGCCACACUUUGAGCAACCGGAAGCUCCUGGCUACCAAAUUCGACUUCACUCCAUUUCUACAUCAUCACAAGCAUCACCAUCGACCGCAUCGCUCCAUCGACGACAAUGUCCACCGCCCUGAACAUUCCGGUAACAAGAUUGAUCCGCGUUACGGUGUAGAAAAACGCCUUGUUCCUACCGGUCCAAACCCCUUGCACCAUUGAGGUUUUCUCAUUUCCCCCCUCCCCUUCUUUCUUGUAUGAUUUUCUUAUUUAUUUUCUUAUCAAGAAAAAAAAAGAAUAUGUAAUGAAAUUAAUUUGUAUGAAUUCCAUAUAUACUUGUCCAAAAUUCCAUAAAUGAUCAUAAUUCAGAUAUAGUACUGA